AAAAUAUGUAUUUCAGGUGUUGUGCAGCUGAACCCUCCAAAGCCUCCAGUUUCUGAGGAACCACUUGAGGUGGGAAACUUCACCAGAACAGCCACCGGAGAGAGUUUUGAGGUGAAACUUUCAGGCACAACUCCACUAAACUUCCCUCCUAACAGAAUCACAGAUCUGAGUGCUGAGAUCCAGGAGGACACUGUGCUUCUCAGCUGGACAGCACCUGGUGAGGACCUCGACCAAGGCACAGCUAAAUCCUAUGAGAUCAGGUGGAGCUUUGACCUUGAUAUGCUUCGAAGCAGCUUCAGCAAUGGUCAUGCAGUCAAUACAGCUGGCAUCUCACCUCAGAAGGCUGGAUCAGAUGAAAAGUAUUCAUUCAAUCUCAGUUUCCCAAUCCAAAAUUGCAUCACAGUCAUCUUUGCGGUUCAGUCUAAAGACAAUCAAAAUGCAACAUCUGAAACAUCUAACAUUGCUCAAGCUUCAAAGAUCCCCCCUGGUUCCCCAGGAGUAUCAAACCCAUGCAUGAAUUUAAUAAUUCUUGUAAUUUCUGUGUGUGUGGAAACUAUGGUCUUAUGCUUUAUUGUUCUUGUAACCAGAAGGGCAGUGAAACUCAGAAAACGCUUUGCUGAAAGGAAAGUGGCAUUAACAAUCGCAAACAAAUUUCAAAUCAAUCCAUAUGCCUAAUUUGAACAUAACUAUGCACAUCCAACAGCUUUAGAACGUUUCUUAAAAUAUUCAGUUCUAUAAAACAGAAUUUCUUGGUUUCUGAAUAUUUUUGCAGCAUCACAAACAAGCAUGUGUAUUUUUGCAGCAUCUUGCAAAGAUUAUUAAGAAGGAUUUCUGUUUUGUUUUAUCAAAUACAUGAUAUUUGUUUAUCAUGUAGGAUUAUAUUACAUUGUGACCUUAUCUAGUGUAGUACGUAGUGUUGAUUCUCAUAUAGUUCCAUUUUCUUUUCUUUUCUUUUUCACAUUUUUUAAAUGACCAUUUGUUUUUGUUUUCCAGGGACAGUCCCGUUUGUUUGUGUCCUGUCCCCAAAAUGUCUUCUUUUUACAGAACUUUCAAAACACUCCUAAAAUACACUGCAGGGAGCCACUGCAGUCAAGCCAUCCACAGUUUGAAAAUACAUGGUCAACCAGCCGUGAUAAAAAAAAAAGAGAGAGAGA